AUGGCAGGCACCCACCAUAUUGUACUUCUAGACAACUGGGUAUCGCCACCGAAUGUUGACUUCGAUCAUCGAGUCACGCAAUACAAAAGUACAUCGCCAGACCAAUUACCAGAGAGAAUUCGCGACGCAACCAUUGUCGUAUCAUCGUACACUCAAGUCACGAGAGCAGGAAUCGAGGCUACUAGACACUUACAACUAGUCGCAUGCAACAGUACUGGGACAAAUCAAGUCGACAAAGUGGCAUUGAAGGAGAGGAACAUCCCGCUUUGCCACGUACCAGCUCAGAACACCGACAGUGUUAGUGAGCAUGCUUUUGCACUCUACUUCGCGCUGCGGAGGCAGAUAAUUCCUAUGCAUGAGCUCACCAUGGCCGAUCAAGCAUGGUCAAUGGGCCCAGCCUUUCAACGGUUCCCGAGAGCACCAAGAACGAACUCAGAGGAGACACUAGUUGUGAUUGGGUAUGGUGCCAUAGGUAAGAAGAUAGAAAGUAUUGGCAAGGCUCUACAGAUGCAAGUACUCAUUGCCGAGAGGAAAGGCGCAGAAAGCAUCCGAGAUGGUCGCAUGGAGUUCCACCAGGCUCUCACCAAGGGUACAAUCUUCAUGGUAGUUGCUCCUCUCGAUGACGAGAGCAGGAAUAUGAUCGCGGCUUCUGAGCUUGGGAUAAUCGACGACACAGCUCUAAUCAUCAACGUCGGCCGUGGAGGUACCGUGAGCGAGCAUGAUCUUGCCAACGCUUUAAAGGGCGGUAAGAUUGGCGGUGCUGCAUGCGACGCCUUCAGUGAGGAGCCGGCGACGAGAGUCAACUGUCCGCUGCUAGACCCUACGAUACCGAACUUGAUCCUAUCACCACAUGUGGCGUGGUACUCAUCCAGAACGAUAAAGGGGACCAUCGAAGUACAGAAGGCCAACCUUGAGGCAUUUGUUGCUGGCAAAGCCAUUAACGUCGUGCUGUAA